UUUCUACCACUUGGCACAGUAACGAUGACGACGUGUACCGGGCCCCUCCGAUCGACCGCUCCAUCCUGCCCACCGCCCCGCGGGCUGCUCGGGAACCCAACAUAGACAGAAGCCGCCUCCCGAAAUCCCCUCCCUACACCGCCUUUCUGGGAAACCUGCCCUACGACGUGACAGAGGAAUCCAUCAAGGACUUCUUCAGAGGACUCAACAUAAGUGCCGUGCGUUUGCCGCGGGAGCCCACCAAUCCGGAGAGGUUGAAAGGUUUUGGUUACGCCGAGUUUGAAGACAUAGACUCCUUGUUCCAGGCUCUGAGCCUCAAUGAAGAGUCUCUAGGGAACAGAAGAAUACGAGUGGAUGUCGCCGAUCAAGCUCAGGAUAAAGAUCGGGACGAUCGCUGCUUUGGCAGAGAUCGGGAUCGCUUCCGGGACUUGGAGAGGUUCGAGACCGACUGGAGGGCCCGUCCCACCACCACCGACAGCUUUGACGAUUACCCACCCCGCAGGGGCGACGACAGCUUCGGAGACAGGUAUCGGGAUCGCUACGACGAUCGAUAUCGUGAUGGUCCCCGGAGGGAUAUGGACCGUGGUUUUGGGGGACGAGAUCGCUACGAUGACCGCAGCAGAGACUAUGACCGAGGCUACGAUUCCAGGAUAGGCAGCGGCAGGAGGGCCUUUGGCAGCGGCUAUCGCCGGGACGAUGACUACCGAGGGUGCGGCGACCGCUACGAAGACCGCUACGACCGGCGGGAUGACCGGAUGGAUAGGUGGAACGGCCGGGAUGAUUUCCGCCGCGAUGACAGAGGUCCCACUCAGAGGCCGAAGCUGAACCUGAAGCCCCGGAGCGCGCCCAAGGAGGAGGAGACCUCGGUGGCCCCCGCGCCCCAGUCCAGCCGGGCUGCCUCCAUCUUUGGGCAUCCCAGCUGGCGAAGCGAGGAGAACCAGGAGCGAUCGCGGACGGGGAGCGAGUCCUCCCAGACCGGCAACUCCGGUCCCCCCGGCACCUCUGUGGGCACUGGCCCCACGGGCAGGACCACGCGAAGGAGGGAGAGCGAGAAGUCUUUGGAGAACGGGACGUUCGCCAAAGAGGACGAUGUCCCUUCUCCCACCUCCAAAGCGAAGGAGGAGAAGCAGCCCCUGAAGGUGAUGCCCGCGCCGCCCCCCAAGGAGAACGCCUGGGUCAAGCGGAGCAGCAACCCCCCUGCCCGCUCGCAGAGCUCCGAUUCGGAGCAGCGCUCUCCCACCAG